CAGAGACAAUGGAGUCUGGCCAGAGAGUCGUCGUUUCAUAUUUCCUUCUCUCCAUCUCAAGUGAAACGAAUGCUUUCUCCACAGAUACCCGAUCCCUUCAAGUCCAAAUAGAAGAAGAAACUAGUAUGACGAACAAAAGAUUAGAGAUGCUACCAACUUCUUCCAAGCUCCGUACAUCUUCCUCCACAUCUCGACCUGGUUCCAUGCUCCCUCAGUACCUCCGGCGAAUUGUCAAGUGGCAACAAAUGGAUAUUGAAUAUACUUUCUGGCAAAUGCUGCAUCUUUGCACCUCACCAAAAGUUGUCUAUCAGCACACUAAGCAUCACAAAUGUAAGUCCAUUACCCUACUGAUGAGCCUUUUCUUUUGAAUUUCAAUUUUAUUGGCUACAUUACGUAUUGUUUGGAUAUUAUUUUUCAGAAAAGCUUGAUAGUCUUUUUGUAGGGCUUUGCCAUCAUGAUUCAAUUUACUAAGUUACCGAUCAUAAGAGUAUACUGUUGAUGUUGUGUUAGAAACUAAGAAUCAAUGGGCACGUGAUGACCCAGCUUUUGUUGUAAUCUGCAGUCUCCUUUUGGCGGUUUCCACCUUGGCUUAUUGUGCUGCGUACGACCACAGUGCUGCACAUGCUGUUUUUGUAGUUAUUUCCAUGUUGCUUUUCCAUUUUUUAAUAACUGGAGUAGUUCUUGCUACAUGUUCUUGGUUCCUAACUAAUGCAUACCUUAGGGAGGAGGCACCAAAUAGUCAUGUGGUUGAGCAACGGGUUGAAUGGCUUUAUGCAUUUGAUGUGCACUGCAAUUCUUUCUUCCCAAUGUUUAUUAUGCUUUACGUUAUACAUUAUUUUCUAUCUCCUCUUUUAGUAGCCCAUGGUUUUAUACCUGUAUUGCUGUCAAAUAUGCUUUUCAUGGUGGCGGCCUCCUACUAUUAUUAUCUCAACUUUUUAGGUUAUGAUGUGUUGCCCUUUUUGGAGAGGACGCCUUUUUUCCUCUAUCCAAUAGGCAUUGUCAUUGUCCUUUCUCCUGUUUUGAUUUUAAGUGGCUUCAAUCCAUCGAGAUAUUUUAUGAAUGUGUACUUUAGUCAAAGGCUGUGAUUUUACUAAGCUAACACUUCGGAUGGUACAUAUAAUGAGCUGGGAGAUAGUCCUGAGGGCGAGGCUGCAUCAAUUGUGAGAAGACAUAAUCCAUUCAGACCUGUAAAAGUGUAGGCAAGGUGGGUUGCAAAAUGAAAAAUCUUUAGUCGUGUUCUGUUGCAAAUGGAAAUCAAAACCUACUGAAUUAGGGUGUAGAAGUUUUUGGUAUAGUAUAAUUGAUCCAGUGGAUAUGUAACAUGUCCAUUCUGUAUUUGCAUUUUUUCGUUCUUUUAAAUCUGGAAAAUUGAAUCUCAUAAUCCAUUUUGAAUAUGGAAAUCAUAUGCAUUUUCUGGAUGA